AUGAUGCUUGAGAAGACCUAUACUACCUUUAAUCACUCAAACUCCGUGUUGCAAGAGCAAUACAGGACAAAAGGUUUUGCCACAUACACUGAUCUGAUCUCUUGCCUACUCCUGGCCGAGGCAAACAAUGAACUCCUACUAAAGAGUAACGGAGUUAGACCGGCCGGGACAGCACCACCACCCGAAGCUCAUGAAGUUGAGAAGAAGGAUCCCAAUGAGACAUACUUUGUCCAAGACAAUAAGAAACCAUACGGCAAUAGCCGUGGUGGAUUCAAGAGGCGUGGACGUGACAACUCAAACGGUCGAGACGGCUACUCGACCGGCCGGAAAGGAAACCACAAUAACCGUGGUCGUGGUUCCAAUUACGGCCGGGGACGAGGCAGCUACGGCCGCGGACGAGGUGGCAUAUCCAAACCAUCUUACACGUCCAACAAGUCUCUAUGCCAUAGAUGCGGAAGUGACAAUCAUUGG